AGCGUUCUGCUUUAAAGUCUAAGUACUCUCUAAAGAACUUUUUGCUAUUUAAUCCUGAUGCUGAAGUGAGUGGCACUUAGGGACAUAAUAACACUUAAUUUUAUAUCCAGGUCCUAAGACUCUUUCUCAGCAGCAAAUGAUAUCCUAUAGGAUUGUUUACAGCUGGUCAGUGUUUCUCUGACACAAUCUCCAUGGAACAUGGAGAACACCAGGAAUUCCUCUUUACCCUUGGUUUUGACUAAGUAUCUGUUCUGGGGGGAAAUCUGCAUCCAGGUUUUUUAUGCUGUCAGAUACGGCUGAAAAAAUUAAGAUGUGUUAAGUUCUACGUAUUUGAAUUAAUUUGCCUGAUAGGCAGAUUAAAUCUUACUGUAAAAGCUUCUGCAGAGGAAUAAGGAAAUAAUUCCAAUGUUAAAGAAGUUACUUUUUCUUGAGGAAUAAAAUUGGAUCAAGACUGAGAUCCAUUCAUCAGAGAUGUGAGGACAAAUGGUUAUGGUCGAAGACACUGGGCAAGGGUCAAAUGACUACAAAAUUAACUUUAAAACCUGGGACAAAGGGCAAAACUUUGCAGAUUCACUCAGGCCACAGAAAUUCUGCAUCAAAAACAUCUUGAUGCAACAGCUGAGCUGCUGCAGGAGCUGAGCUGUUUCAAAAGCUCCAGGAGAUCCCUAGCAAGCAAAAAGUUGUUACAAUCAAGAACACGACAGGUACUUACCCUCCCAAAUAAGGCGUGCCAGGCAGAUCUCGCUUGGAUACUGGGGAACCAGCCAAUGGACAGUCGGGGUCCAUUUUGGUACCAGCCUUGGAUACUGGUGAAGUGGCCAAUGGGUGUCCAGGGUCUGUUGGUGAGGGUAUUUAGGGCGGUGCCCAGGGUGGUACCAGGACCUGCUGAGGGGGCUGGUGCCACUAUUUUACUCUGCCUGCCUGUUCCCUCCUCAGAGGCUGCAACACAAUCCAGGGAGAAGCACUUCGUGGUGGUGGUGACUGAUUCCUUAGCUGUAGUCCUGAUUUUUUCCCCCAUUGUCUGAUAAAACAUCAUUUAUCAUGAGAAUGUUUAUUAAAUCAUGGAUUCCUCGGUGUCUGCAGAUUCUCAGGUCGCCUUGCAGAUCAUUCCACGGAUACCAUAGGCUUCUGACGUCUCAGAUUAUUUCCCAUUAUGAAGCAAUACACCAGUAUAAAAAGGAAUUGCCAAAAUAUUUCAACUUUGCAAGCGAUGUCUUAGAUGAGUGGUCACAACUAGAAAAGGAUGGAAAAAAACCAGCAAAUCCAGCUUUUUGGUGGGUAAAUGAGGAGGGAGAGGAGGUGAAGUGGAGCUUUGAAGAGCUGGGAUUUCUCUCUAGGAAGGCAGCCAAUGUACUUUCUGAGGCAUGUGGUUUGCAGAGAGAAGACAGAGUUAUAGCAGUUCUGCCUCGUGUCCCAGAGUGGUGGCUCCUCAAUGUAGCCUGCAUGAGAACAGGAAUUAUCUUUGUUCCAGGAACAUCCCAACUGACAGCUAAAGACAUCUUAUACCGACUCCAGGCUUCAAAGGCCAAGUGCAUCAUUACCAGUGACACACUGGCACCUGCAGUGGAAUCUGUUGUACCUGACAGCCAGUUUUUGAAAAGUAAACUAAUUGUAGGCAAAGGGAGCAGGGAUGGGUGGCUGAACCUCAAAGAACUCGUGGCGGUGGCAUCUGCUGACCAUAAAUGUGUCCAGACAAGAAGUCAAGACCCAAUGCUGAUCUAUUUUACAAGUGGAACUACAGGCUUUCCAAAAAUGGUGGUGCAGUCCCACAGCAGUUAUGGCAUUGGACUUGUAUCUGGUGGCAGGCGUUGGAUGAACUUGACUCCUUCAGAUAUAAUGUGGAAUACCUCUGAUACUGGAUGGGCAAAAGCAGCUUGGGGCAGUGUUUUUGCACCAUGGAUUUGUGGAUCUUGUGUCUUUGUACACCACAUGCCACAAUUUAAGCCAGCAGUUAUUGCAGAGACUCUCUCAAGAUACCCCAUCACGACCUUCUGCACUGCCCCCACUGCCUACCGCAUGCUGGUCCAACACGAUCUGAGCAGGUACAAGAUCAUGAGUUUGAAACACUGCAUAUCUGCAGGGGAACCACUCAAUCCUGAAAUGAUGGCAAAGUGGAAAUCCCAGACAGGGGUGGAUAUCCAUGAAGGUUACGGUCAGACUGAAACAGUGACAAUCUGUGCCAACAUGAAAGGAAUGAAAAUUAAACCUGGCUCUUUGGGAAAAGCUGUUCCCCCUUACGAUGUGCAGAUCAUAGAUGACCAUGGGGCUGUUUUGCCUGCAGGAGAAGAGGGCAGCAUUGCUGUCCGAAUCCAGCCGACACGGCCCUUCUGUCUGUUCUCUGAGUACCUGGAUAAUCCAGAGAAAACUGCUGCUACUGUGCGUGGAAAUUUUUAUGUCACUGGGGACAGGGCGAUUAUGGAUGAAGAGGGAUAUGUCUGGUUUGUUGGAAGAGAUGACGAUAUCAUUAAUUCUGCUGGGUAUCGUAUUGGCCCCUUUGAAGUGGAAAGUGCUUUAAUCGAACACCCAGCAGUGGCAGAGUCAGCUGUUGUCAGCAGUCCUGAUCCAGAUCGAGGGGAGGUAGUCAAAGCCUUCAUUGUUUUAACUCCUGCUUUUGCAUCACACGAUCCAGAAAAAUUAACUCAGGAGCUUCAACAGCAUGUCAAGAAAGUGACUGCACCUUACAAGUAUCCAAGGAAGGUGGAGUUUGUUCAGGAUCUGCCAAAGACGGUUAGUGGGAAAAUCCAGAGAAAGGUCCUAAGGAACAGAGAGUGGGGAAGAGAAUGACAAGGGCAAGAGUGAUCUGGAAAAUGAGGAGAGAAAAGUUCCAUCACUGGUACCAGCCAUAACGCAUGAAAUUUGGCAUAUGGUCAUGACCCAGAGAACUAGGAGUACAUCUAGGAAAACAAGCUAUGGAAGAAAAAGG